AUGGUAAUUGUCUCAACGGAUAACUUCUUGAUAUUCAGAACUAAACAAACCUGCAGAACAAAUCUUGGAAAUGUCCAUGCAUUACCCCGAUUAGAGGGAGCAGGAGAACCAAAGUGUACAGAUGGGGCCAACUUUCGUAGCGUUUGUUCAUAUAAUUGUGGUUCUGGGUUUGAUAUGCCACCAAAAGUGAGUAAAGCACUGGUAUGUGACAAAAAAAAGUCCUGGCGAGGGUUUGGUACACCAAAAUGUAUUGAUGUUGAACCACCGACAUUUAAGAAUGGAACGUGUCCAAGUAUUGUUAUAGCAGGCACUGAUACAGGUCUGAACUCUACCAAAGUUAGUUGGACACCGCCGGAAGUGAUUGAUAAUAGCGACAAGACUGUUAGAGACAGCCGAACUAUUUAUUCACCGGGUGACACACUUACUGCCGGCAUAUAUUCAGUAUGGUACGGAGCACGAGAUGCCGCCGGGAACAUCGCUUUAAACAACUGUUCAUUUAAAGUUAUUGUAAGAGAAAUAAAAUGUUCUAAACUUUACCCUACACCAUACCUUCACAUUGAUUGUCCCCAUGGUUACCGGUCCGGUGCAAGGUGCAACAUUUCCUGUGAUCCUGGAAAGGUGUUGGUCGGCUCAGAUGAUGUCGGUUGUAACAGACACCUCACACAGUUAUAUGGUGUCUGGAACUGGAAAGGAAAAGAACAAUCUACUUGCAUCAGUAAGAUAUUUUAA